AUUAAAAUUAUAUUUCUUAUAUCAACUAUUUUUUUUUUAAUCUCUAAUAUAUUUAUUAUAAUUUCAUCAAUUUUAUCAAAAAAAACAAAUUUAGAUCGAGAAAAAUGUUCACCAUUUGAAUGUGGGUUUGACCCUAAAUGUUUACCGCGAAUUCCAUUUUCUUUACAUUUCUUUUUAAUCACUGUAAUCUUCUUAAUUUUUGAUGUUGAAAUUGCUUUAAUUUUCCCAAUUAUCCCAUCUUUUUAUAUAACAAAUAUAUUUAUUUGAUUUAAAACAAGAAUUUUUUUUUUAAUUAUAUUAUUAUUAGGUCUUUAUCAUGAAUGAAAUCAAAAAAUACUAAAUUGAACAUAUUAG